GGAAGGCGCGCCGCAGCCUUGGGGGCGGGCAGGCACGGCGAUCGCGCCUUGCUCCCUUUCGUCGCGAGCAGCACCGACGCGGCGAGGACGUGGAGUUUCCGACGGGGCCGGGCAUCCCGGGAGUGGGCUCACAGAUCGCGGCCGGACCUGAUGGUUAUGUGCCAAGGCUGCACAAUAUUUAUGUCAAAAUUAUGAGUCCUUAUGAUUUCACAUAUUUUUCCUGAACAUGUAAAAGAGGCACUUGGAUGAUGGAUUAACAAGAACAUUGAAAUUCUGCAGAAAGUUUCAAACCGGAGAGUAUUGGCUUUUCACCCUAGUCCAGCAGCUCUGCUGCUCACUUAAAUACAGAUGAAUGAAGACUCCAUUCGGGAAGACACCUGGUCAGCGGUCCAGGGCUGAUGCAGGCCAUGCUGGUGUGUCUGCAAGCAUGAUGAAGAAGAGGACAUCCCACAAAAAACAUCGGAGCAGUGUUGGGCCAAGCAAACCUGUUUCCCAGCCCCGGCGGAAUAUCGUAGGCUGCAGGAUUCAGCAUGGUUGGAAGGAAGGGAGUGGCCCUGUCACCCAGUGGAAAGGAACCGUUCUGGACCAGGUGCCUGUAAAUCCUUCUUUGUAUCUUAUAAAAUACGAUGGAUUUGACUGUGUUUAUGGACUAGAACUUAAUAAAGAUGAAAGAGUUUCUGCGCUUGAAGUCCUCCCUGAUAGAGUUGCAACUUCCCGAAUCAGCGACGCACACCUAGCUGACACGAUGAUUGGCAAGGCAGUGGAGCACAUGUUUGAGACCGAGGAUGGCUCCAAGGACGAGUGGAGGGGAAUGGUCCUAGCACGCGCCCCUAUAAUGAACACAUGGUUUUACAUUACCUAUGAAAAAGAUCCUGUCUUGUACAUGUACCAGCUCUUAGAUGAUUAUAAAGAAGGCGACCUGCGCAUUAUGCCUGAUUCUAAUGAUUCACCUCCAGCAGAAAGGGAACCAGGAGAAGUUGUGGACAGCCUGGUAGGCAAACAAGUGGAAUAUGCCAAAGAAGAUGGCUCUAAAAGGACUGGCAUGGUCAUUCAUCAAGUAGAAGCCAAACCGUCUGUCUAUUUCAUCAAGUUUGAUGAUGAUUUCCAUAUUUAUGUCUACGAUUUGGUGAAAACAUCCUAGAUGUCAUCACAAACUUUGCCAAAUUUGUGGAACUAUUAAAUGUAUAAUUUGUAGACAUAAAGACUUGAUUGCUUUCCAGUUUAAUGAAAGCUUAAAUGUCCCUGCGAACCCACAAUCUCUGCCAGAAGAACUGGUUUUGUUCUAAAUAGUACAAGUUUUUAUGUGAACACAAAGCAUUUUAUGUAAGGAGCUCCUUCCUCUUAAGAAGUCUGUUUAGAAGGGAGUUACUGGCAGGUUUGGUAAAAGUUAAGCUUGUAUCAUAGUCAUUGAAGGCUGUGCCAGACCUUACCCAGUUCCCUUCACUCUUAAUGUGCUCUCAUUCUGCUGACACAUGCAAGCAUAGUUCAGUAUUUUUGUUAUUGCCUUUUUUGACAUAUAUAUAUAUGUAUGUAUCUAUUCCUACCUAUCUAUCUGUGUAUACAUAUAUAAUAUAUAUACACACACAGAUCUGUGCAUGCACACACACACACACACUCUCUCUCUCUCUCUCUCUCUCUCUCUCUCUCUCUCUUCAUUGGCAGUCCUUUCUUUGUGGAUUGGGAUGGGGGUUAAAAAAAAACUUUCUCCAGUUUAAGAGGAGUGCUUGACUCAAGUCAGUCCUAUCUAGUAUAUUACUGCUGUUUGUUUAAAACUCAAUUUGGCACAAGAAGCAUGUAGGGGCAUUCAGCUUGUGAAAAUCAGAAUUUCAGACACUUUUUCAGUCUGGAGUCUUUAUAAGUCCAAACAUGAAUUAGUUGUGAAUACAAUGUUCAUAAUUUCAUUAUGAAAUUUAGUGAUGUACAUUAGAAUUUUACAAAACAAAUCUGGGUGAAAGGCUGCCUUUAAUUCUAAACUUUGUAAAUUGUUUUGUUCACAUUUUUUUUAUUAUCAGUACUUUCUGUUUUUAAACAAAGCCCAGGCACUUGGUCCACACAGUGUAAUGCAGAUGUAUUUUGGACGGCAUAUUUGGUCCAUUAUUUGUGCAAAUCAGUAAUCUGGAUUUUUGUACAUGGAUUUAAAAGGCAACAGUAUAUCAGCUGUUUGUGUGUAUGUGGUAAGUUCCUGGAAGAACGUAGUGGUUUUAUAUGAGAAAUAACAAGUUUAAGAAUGGUGGUGUUGCCGUCUAAAGUUCUCUGGGACACUCUUAUUUUUAUUACUGCUAAUACUGGUACAUGAUAUCAUCAGAAGACUUUUACCCACAAAGAGUGUCUAGACAAAUUCCCAGCUUCAGUCUCCUGACACCUGUGUGGUGCUGUAUGUUCUUACCCCUGGUGUGCUGUGCACAUGGGUUUUUUGCAUUCAGUGGACCCUGCCACAUCCGGUCCAGGCGCCUUGUGCGUGUAAUUAUGUCAGUAGCCCUUACCCAUUUCAUCCUUUUGUGGCUUAUUCCUGUAACUGUUUUAACCAAAACAGAACUGCAUAAGUGGUUGGAUACUGGCAGAAUGACCGUCUACCACUUUGAUUUGGGUGAUCCCUGGCAAUUUGAAAGCUAGGAUCAAGGCAGUCUGUGAAUCCAGUCUGAGCAGAAAGCUAGACACAUGCUGUCAACACCUGAAAUUGGAGUGACCUCCAUCAGGGCCCUUCUUGAUGUUAGAGAUUCUGUGGUUUCCCAGCCUCUGUGCACAGUUCACAGGGUGCCUGUUUGCAUCCAGGAAGGCAUGCCUCAUGCUGUGGAGUAGCAGCCCUGCUCCUUGCCCCAUGGUGCCCCCAUUGGCUGCAGUGUGGCUGUGGCUCCCUGCAGGCCAGUGCCUGGGCGGCUUCUCCUCUCCGUGAGCUCCUGGAGCUCAGACACCCCUCCUGGGCCUGACCAAGUAUCAUGCUGCAGAUCUGCCACCUGGCUUCUUGGUGGCUUUUACAAGAGUCCCUGCAUUGAGUCUCAAGACCAAACCUGGCUCCCCAAACCCAUGUGACACGUGUGGCCCAGAACAUGGCUUAGUGACUUUGGGCUGAAAAAGUCUUGGAAGUAUCCUGAGGCUGUGAAACAUUUCCAGCGUUAUAUAAAGACUUGCUUGUGACUUUUCCUGCAAGUACCUGUAGCAGCUUAAACCACAUGAUUCACUCUCCAGGUGAAUGUCGUAUUAUGAUCAUUAUUUUUAUCAUUGUUACAUUUAUUGCCUUUGGGGCUGAAGGAAGGGGAAGGGGUUUUUUUGUUUUUCUAUUUUUUUCCCCAUUGUCUUUUCUUUUUGGUGGCUCAAACCAUACUUACGCCAUGACAAAUUCUGCUCUUUGGCCUAGUAUUCCAGGCCUUGUUUUAGGCUCACAUAUCAGAUCUGCAUGCAUUGCUUGCGUUUUCCUGGUAUCAGAAUGUUGGUUCCUUGAUCUCAGGGAUCCAACGUGAAUCUCCAAAAUUAUGGGACUUGUGACAACACAGGACAUGAAUCUGUAUAAAAUGUAUUGGCCUUCCUCAUUGGCCUGCUCUAGUAUUACUGUGUCGUGUGUGCGUGUGUGUGAUGUCUGGCUGCCACGUAAAGCUUCAAAGGAGAACCUUGAAAGCAGACCAUCCUUCUCUGCAUGCUCUAGUCUAAGUAGAAUGUUCAGUGUAACUAACUAAAAUUGCAUGGUAAAGAUACUUAGGUUUUUUGUUUUCUUUCUUUGUUUUAAUUUGUUUUCAUUUUCUGUAUAUUGCUUCCUGUGCUGUUUAGUGGUUGUAGGAUAAAAAUGCACUGGUGAAGCAAACGUAGUGCAGACAGAAGGUGAUUUUCCAGUCGUGUAUGUCAUGCAGCAUUUGGAGGGACUGUGCAUCCUUUAAACAAUCACAGUGACUUCUAAACCAGAUUUCAUUUGUUAUUGUUUCACGUGCCAAACCCCGAAGUGCAUUGGGCUUGACUCUCUGAACGCUGUUGGACCCUUUAGAGACUGUUUUGAUUGUCACAAAUUGUAGUGCCUGAAAACAUCCUUAAGCUGAUUGUCUUAACAAAAAUGAAAGUUCUCCAAAGACAAAACAGGAACAACUAUUAUAACAGAAAAUAAUAAUGGUCAAAAUGUCUGUGGUUCCUUGGAAAUGCUGCGCUUUUUGUAUUUUCCAUCAGCAGUUUGAAUGAAUGUGUAUAGUUCAGAGGUCUUCGUGUUCGCAUUUUAAAAUUAGGUAAAUGACCUCAUCUUUCAAGCUUGAAUUCAUUUUUAAUUUUAAUUUUAUUUUAUACAAUGUGUAGACAGUUUCCUGUUCUCUGCAUUUAGAAGUAUAAACAAUAUAAAUCUGUUAAUUCUGUAAGUAAUUUUUAUAAUUAUGAUGUAACUAUCCUAUCCUUAAAACAUUUAAAAUAAACCCUUUAUGUGCAA